UUCAAUUCAACGGUGAUUGACGGCGACUGUGCUCGUGGAGCUCUUUAGCGGUGUAUUCGGUGUAUUCUAACCUUAAAGUAGCGGUGGCUAGCACGGCCAGUAAACGAUAGAACUGAGAUUAGUCAGUUUUACUUUUGUAAUAAAUGAGAUAACCAAAUGUGCCUGACGAGGUAUACGCGUACUACAAUAGCGUAAUCCAAAGUGUCUCUCGACAAUGAAUUACAUCGUGAUUGUACGUGCCUUCAAGCCGGGCGACGAGAUAGGCUGCAGGGAAUUGAUCAGGGACGUCGUGAUGUCUUCCCUAGGCGCUACGUUUUGCGGGAUGCUGUUUAAGGAGAUAAUCUUCCAGCUGAUGAUCUUGCUGGCGGCGAUAAUGUUUAUUUUCUUCGGGAUGCCGUUUACCAUCUGCCUUUUAGUCAUACCUAUAGUUAUAGUAUUGACGUACGUCUGCACGUACAUCAGUUUUGUCACGAAAUUGAUGGAGAUUAACGGAGAGAUUUCUAACAUUCCACGACUCUACAUGUCAAAUGCCUUCUCCUGCUUCUGGGUCGCUGAAGCAUUUGAACCUCGCUUGAAGAUAGGACAUCCUAAAGAAGUUUAUUAUACUGUAAUGACAGAAGAGCAGUUUCAUCAAGCUAACAUAAGGGUUUCUAUGCAGUCUAAAAAGAUAGUAGGAACUGUUGGUUUAUGCAAGAGUAUCAGACUGGAUAGGAGUGCGUGGAUAAAGAGGCUGUACGUGCAUGAGCGAUAUCGAAAAAAAGGUAUAGAAUCAUAUUUGCUCACUGCUGCUGUACAAUUUGCAAUUGAUGCAGGGUACAGCUGCGCUAAUAUAGUAGCUUCCGAGUACACCGAAGAGAAUAGAGAGUUGUGCUUCAAAAAAGGUUUUGAAAUGGAGCAAAUAUAUCACAAGUAUGUCUUAGGAUCGUACAUUACAAUAUUAAUGUAUGAAUUAACGUAUAAGAUUAAACCUACCGAAGACGAUUACUCGCCUAGGGUGGAUUUUGAGAAAGAAUUGAACGAAUUUUUUGUUUUUUGACAAAUAAGACUGAUCAAUUGAUAUUGUGUUCUCUUUUGAACAAAAUACUUGAACCAAAUAGUGAUGAUAUUUAUCUAAUUGAUACGCUUAGAGUAUUAUCCCACAUUUUAUAUAUGUAUACAUGACAUAAUACAUGACUAAAAUAGGAAGGAUGUUGUUUUUUAUGAAAUGUUUAUUAGGUAUCUCAAGUAUUGUUGUAAGCGUUCAUGGAACUCCGCAAAAUAGCGAAAAUAAAAGUUAUUUUUCUUAUCC